AUGACCAAGGGGGAGCAGGUUAUUAGUGUUAAUGGUGCUGCACUAGAAAAAUUUGCAAAUGAUACAAUUACAGGUAUACAGAGUAUAAUACCAAAAGCCAUUGAUUGGCUUAAAGAAUUUCUGGGUGAUAAAGGUGGCGGCUCUGCGGGUACAUAUGAAAGUGUUUGGCAGAAUCCCAAGGUAAUCAUUCCAAUUACGGCUUUUCUUCUUUUCGUAUUUUUUGGUACCGCCUUCAUUAUUAUGUCUAAGUAUGUUCUACGGAAGAAGAAAUCUAAUAAGAGUAAAAAGAAUUUGGAACGAAUUUCAAAGUAUGAUUCUGCGUCUCAACCGCAUGAAGAGGAAGCAGGCGACGAACCGCUUAUGCCACAAUCAAUAAAUCACGUUCCAGUGCUAUAUCGACAAAUAUUACAACCACAGAUGCCGCAGCAGCAGAUGGUGCAUCCAGGAAUAUCUCAACCAUCAAUGGUACAUGGACAAAUGCCACAAUAUCAUUUUCAACUACAACCAAUAUGGCAGCAAAGUGAACACCAACGAGUGCAGCCAAAACUAUAUGGGCAAGAACACCUUAAACAGGAAAGAUUGUUACAAGAACAGUUGUUACAAGAACAGUUGUUGCAGGAACAGUUGUUGGAGGAACAACUGCAGGAGGAACAAUAUGAUGAUGAACAAUUUGAACAAAGGAUGCAGCAGGAACAGUUGUCUAAGGAGAAGUUACGACAAGAACGAUGGUUGCAGGAACAAUUACUGAGAGAACAAUAUGAACAAGGGCAAUGUGAUCGGGAACUAGUGCGGAGGUCUGAAAAGAAGGGAAUAGGAAAAAUAGAAGGACGAGAAGAAAAAUAUGAUAAUAAUAGAGAAAAUGAGAGAUAUGAAAGUGCGUGUAGAAAAGGAAAAAGAGAAAAUAAAGAAGGAAAGGAUAGGGGAGAAAGAAAAGGGGGUGUAACAAGAAAAGAAAGAAAUGAAAGUAGUGGAAAUAAUUAUAGAGAGGGAAAAUACCAAGGUCGUACCAAUUAUGAAUAUGCUGACUUGAAUCAGAAUACACAUUAUAUAGGAUAUAAUCCCAUAAAAAAGUAG